CAGAAGGAAGCGCAAAUCCUGGAGGAGCUGAACCGCCUCACAGGCUCCCGGCUGCGGCCCCUUACCGCCGGCCUCUACUGAGAGACCGAGAGGGGUUGGGGCUCUGCCGGCGCCGCCCCGGACGUGGCGUGGGGAUGGCGGCGCAGGGGCUCGGCGGUCGCUGCUCCCCGGCGCUGCCGCUGCUGCUGCUCGGUCUGGCCGCGCUCGCUCUCCCGCCAUCGCCCGCCGCCGCCUCCGAGCCGUCGCCCGCUGCCCUCUUCGCUGGCCACGCCGCCUCCUCGCUGCCCGCCGCCGCCGCCGCCCCGAGCACCAGAUAUCUUUUGUAUGAUGUAAACCCCCCUGAAGGGUUCAACCUUCGCAGAGAUGUCUAUGUUCGCAUUGCUUCCCUUCUAAAGACCCUGCGGAAAAGCGAAAACUGGGUGUUGGUUAUGCCUCCCUGGGGCCGUCUUUAUCACUGGCAGAGCCCUGACAUCCUCCAGGUCCGGAUCCCUUGGUCUGAAUUCUUUGAUAUCCCAAGCCUCAACAGGAACAUUCCUGUCAUUGAAUAUGAGCAAUUCCUUGCAGAGUCAGGUGGGCCCUUUAUUGAACAGAUUUAUGUGCUCCAAGGCUAUGCAGAAGGAUGGAAAGAAGGAACAUGGGAAGAAAAAAUAGAUGAAAGGCCAUGCAUUGAUCAGCUGAUGUACUCCAGAGACAAACAUGGCUACUACAGGGGCUGGUUCUGGGGUUAUGAGGAAACACGAGGCCUAAACGCCUCUUGCUUGUCUGUCCAAGGAUCUGCCUCUAUUGUGGCUCCUAUCCUUCUGAAGAACACUUCAGCACAGUCAGUGAUGUUAGACAGAGCUGAAAACCUUCUUCAUGACCACUACGGAGGGAAAGAUUAUUGGAAUACCCGUCGGAGCAUGGUGUUUGCUAAACACCUCCGCAUGGUAGGAGAUGAGUUUAGGAAGAAAUACCUUCAAUCCACCGACGAGGCAGACAGGACUCAGUACAAGGAGGACUGGACACAGAUGAAGGUUAAGACGGGCACAGCUCUAGGUGGCCCGUACGUUGGGGUUCACCUCAGAAGGAGAGACUUCAUUUGGGGUCACAGAGAAGACGUGCCUUCCCUGCAAGGAGCAGUAAAGAAAAUCCACAACCUCUUGGAGAGGCUUAAACUUCAAAAAGUUUUUGUAGCCACUGAUGCUGUUGAAGAAGAGAUUGAACUGCUCAAGAAACUGCUGCCUGAGAUGGUGAGGUUUGAAGCCUCUCUGGAGGAGCUGGAACUCUAUAAGGAUGGGGGCUUGGCUGUGAUUGACCAGUGGAUUUGUGCACAUGCAAGGUAUUUUAUAGGCACCUCCGUUUCAACAUUUUCCUUUCGAAUCCACGAGGAACGGGAGAUCUUGGGAUUUGAUCCAAAAACAACUUACAACCGAUUCUGUGGUGAAACAGAGAAAAACUGUGAGCAGCCUACUCACUGGAAAAUUGUAUAUUAAGCACAGACAAACACAAAGGUUUCAAUACUGUUAGAGUUCAAAAUAUUAAGGAAAAAUGAUGGGGAAUUAUUUGCAUUGGAACAAAGUAUGACCCAGUCCUGCACUCAGCUCCUGCUCCCCUUCCAGCAUGGGUGUGACAUGGGGUAGCUGUACACUCCAGUGUCUCUGGCCCUCACAGCAUUUCUAUGUGGCUGCUGCACCUGGGUCCCCAGUAUGUCCUGCUCUGGUUGCCUUCCCUGAGUGGUCCCAUGUCGCACUGUAUGAGGAAUGGCGAUGGUGACAACACAGACUCUAAAGCUUAUUUGCAAAAGA